AUGAGCUCGAAGCAGUCUCAAGGACAAAGCAAGUCUAAUACAUCCUCGUCGACACCGUCGUUCCCCCUGGCAAACAGCGCUGCUUCCUCCCGGACGUACGCGCACGCCACAGGACCAACCCCCGAGUUCGCCUCAGCGCACCAUGGAAAUUCGCCUUCAACAACUUCAAACACAGUGAACGGCAAAUCAUCCAUGCAGAAUCAGCAACCUUCCGGGGUGACCAUUGUUAAUGGCGCUCCUUCCGCUCAUGCGGCGGACCACAGCAGAAAACAAUCAGUAACUAUCAGCUCUGCUGGCACCACUGGUUUCAUUCCGAAUGGUGGGCCAGCCGGUAACCCAAAUCGCAACAGCAUUCAGUUUGGAUCCGUAGAUCAGCAAAAUUCGCCUGCGAUGGGUUCUCCCGCUAUCCCCGCCAGUCAGCCUCAUGGCAACUUGAACGUCGCACAGCCCGCGAAUCCCCGUAUCACCUCGCCGUCAACAUCUCCUUCGCCUAUCCCUCAGCCCGCGUCGAGCGGCGGCCGGCCGCCGUCUACAUACCAAGCUCCAGGCAAUGCGCCUAACUUUGGCAGUUUCGGCGACGCAUCCGGAGACGCUCGACAGGUGCGAAUGAAUCAAAACAAUCUUGGUCCUGGUCCUCAAGCUACUCACCUUCGUCGCGAAUCGUCUCAGUCUCAGCACAGCGAUAUGGGCGGCCACAUACCCGGUGGUCCAGGUGGUCCAGCUCGCGGCGGUUACCAAGGUGGUCGCGGUCGUGGAUACUCUGGAUCUGGAUAUCAGAACCAAAUGGGCUACUCGUCUGGUCCUAACUUCCGAGCGACACCAAACCAACGAGGAGGACCUCAAAUGGCCCCUUCUUUCCACCCACCCAACCACGGACGCCCCAUGGGCUACCCCAGCUCUCCUCAUCAGGCUAACCGUAGCCCGGCCAUCGCGAACGCUAACCCCGUCACGCCGCAGAUGAGCCAUGUACCUAUGCAACAUCCACAAAUGGCCAAUCAACACUACGGUGGUUACAACCAACACAUGGGACCCCAAAAUACUUACCCCCACGGUGGUUAUGACCCCAACAGCGGUUACUACUAUCCCGCAUACGGAGUUCAGCAAAACAUGUACAUGCCUCCUUCUCCUCAGCCUCGCCCCGGUAUCCCGUACGGUCAGCCCGGCCAGUUCAUACCAAACCAGUUCCCCGCCGGAACUGUGCAGCCAUCCAUGCAGUCUACGCCACUCUCGAGAAGCACUUCCCAGAUUUCAAACGAUCGUCCCGGCUCCAGCCUGGGUCAGGGCCCUGCCCCGGCAGGCGCCCCUUCCCAAGGUCACGCUCACACUGAAAGCAGAACCUCUAAUAGCCCCGCUCCUCAAAAGAACCACUUCAUCAUUCCCACGCCGAAGAAGAGCGCCAUCGUUAUCAAGGAUCCCAACAGUGGUGCAGUGAAGUCAUUCGAGAAACAGCCAGCAUCCCCAGCUCGUGCUACUCCUUCACCUGUCAAGGGCUCCGCCCCUACGCCUCCUCCACGUGCCGCCAGCGGUGUCGAUCAGACUCGUGCUGAGAGCAAGUCCGUCAAGACUGACGAGGAAAAGAAGAAGGAGCUUCGCGAAGCUGUCCGGAUGAAGAUUGAACAGGAAGAGGCCGAACAACGUCGCAAGGAAGAGGAUGCUCGCAAGGCAAUUGAGAAUCUUUCUAUAGCUGACAAAGAAGACAACAAACCCAAGGCCGAGCCCGCCGCUGCUGAACCCGCCAAGGAGGAAGUCAAGCCUAAGGAUGAGAAGCCUGUUGAAGAGAAGAAGCCUGUCGAAGAGAAGGCUGCUGCUCCUCCGGCUGCCGACGAUGAGAUCGACUUUGAUGCCAUCGAGCGCGAAAUGGCCGAAAUCGAAGCUAGAGAAGCUGCCGCUGAAGCCGAGUACCAAAAGAAGAAGCAGGCCCAGAAGGAAGAGGCUGAGCGCAAGAAGAAGGAAGACGAGGAAGCUUAUGAGCGUAACAUGAAGCAGGCAGAACGCGAAGCCGAGGCUGCCGAAGAAGCUCGUAUGAAGAAACUCGAAUCUGGCGCUGCGGCGGACGAAGACGGCUCCAAGAUGUUCGCAUCUUUGCGCAAGGGCGGAUUCACUGCUAGCGAAAGCCCUGCUCCUCAGUCCCCCGACGAUAGCGGUGCUGCUACACCUGUUUCGCAGUCAGAUGCUUCGAUGGGCCCUCCAUCCAAGCCUGCUAGCGUCGGCAAGGCCAAGCCCGGUCCUCUUAAGCUUGAGACCAAGCCUGUUGAGCCGCCUCAACCUAGCGCAGCUCUCAAAUCCUUGCACAGCGCCAAGUUUUUGGACAGUCUUGCCAUUACUUAUCCUCCUUCAAUUGCCUCUCCCAACCCUGCUUUGAACACCAAUGCUCCAGCGGAUCGUAAAUUCAAGUACAACAAGGAGUUUUUGCUUCAAUUCCAGAAUGUCUUCAAGGAGAAGCCUACUCUAGACUGGGACCUCCGCGUCCGCGAGACUGUCGGCGACAGUGGCGAUUCUUCACGACCACAGUCUGCUCGUACUCCUGGAACUGGUCGCACCGCUUCCCGUGGUGGAAUCCCAUCCACUUUCAAGAUGGGUACUUUCGGUGGAGGUACACCUUCCGUCGGAACUCCAAGGGAUGCUUUCCCCAAUGCUCCAGGCCGUAUGCCGUCGAUGGGCAGCGGUCCAUUUGGCACAUUUGGACGCCCUGGCUCGAUGGGUCCUGGUUCAAUGAGUCGUCCUGGCUCUUCUGCUAAUUUGCACAAUGUGCCUCAAUCACCUCGUCCAGGUUCCAGCAGGAAUACUACUCGCACAGGUAGCAGACGCGACAAGCAGAGCUCCAAGAAGGAGGAGGAAACCAACAAGUCGAUGCCUCUCACCGCCGGUCUUUCUCUCAAACCACUUGAAGUAUCUCAGUCUGGAUGGAAGCCUCGAAGCAUUGGUCAAACACCUGCCGGUCCCACCCCAGGUGGUGAAACCGACUACAUGGCUCCUGAUGUCGUUCAACGUAAGGUCAAGUCCAAUUUGAAUAAGAUGACUCCAGAGAACUUUGACCGUAUCUCCGAACAAAUCCUUGGUAUCGUUUCUCAGUCCAAGCAUGAAUCGGAUGGUCGUACUCUACGCCAAGUCAUUCAACUCACCUUCGAGAAGGCCACCGACGAAGCUCACUGGGCUCCGAUGUACGCCAAGUUCUGCAAACGUAUGCUCGAGAGUAUGAGUUCUGAGAUCAAGGACGAGAACAUCAAGGACAAGGCUGGCAAUGUUGUUGCUGGUGGCAGUUUGUUCCGCAAGUACUUGUUGAACCGUUGUCAAGAGGAAUUCGAGCGUGGAUGGAAGGUCAACCUGCCACCCAAGCCCGAGGGUGAAAGUGAGGCAGCUGCCCUCAUGUCUGACGAAUAUUACAUUGCUGCCGCCGCCAAGCGUCGCGGUCUUGGUCUCGUCAAAUUCAUUGGUGAGCUCUACAAAUUGGGCAUGUUGACUGAGCGUAUUAUGCACGAGUGUGUCAAGAAGCUUGUCGAUUACGAGGGUAUUCCUGAUGAGGCCGAAGUGGAGAGUUUGACCAGCUUGCUACGAACCAUUGGUGCUAGCUUGGAUGUGUCUGAGAAGGGUCAUGCUAUGAUGGAUGCAUACUUUGGUCGUAUUUCUAUGAUGAUGGAGACGCCUGGUCUGCCUAGUCGUUUGAAGUUUAUGCUUAUGGAUGUUGUCGAUUUGCGUUCUGCCAACUGGGUGUCUAAGAAUGGCGACAAGGGUCCCAAGACUCUUACUGAGAUUCGUGAAGAGGCUGCCCGCGCUCAACAAGAAGCUGAGAUGGAGCGUCUCCGCCAACAGGCCAGCCGAGGCGGUGGUCGUAUGCCCAUGGGCCGCGGCGACGCACGCAACUUCUCCGGCGACUACCGCAACCAAGCACCACCCCCAGACUUUGCCUCCAGCAAGGUCGGCAGCGAUGAUCUGCGCCGUCUCAAGACAUCGCGUACCCUCAACCAGCCCGCCUCGUUCGGACCGUCCAGCAUGUUCGGUUCGCGCAGCAGCAGCGGUCGCAAGAACCUUGGCCCUGGCGGCAAUUUGGUUCGUGGUGGUGAAGAUAGCGGAGCCAGCAGCCGCACUGGUACACCACCAGCAGGAAAGAAGGAAGAGAAGGAGGCAGCAUCCUCCAUUAACGCAUUCAGCGCCCUGGCCGCUCUAGACGACAACAUGGCAACCUCCCCCCCCUCCAACCCGACCUCUCCUGAAUUAACAAAAUCGCAACCUAUUAAGAGCGAAGGAGAAACAGCAUAG